UGCAGCUAGCGGACACACGGCCCGGCCUUUCCACGCGGCGCGCGAGGCGAAAGCACAAGCAUGACUGCAUGAGCAGGGACGCACGUACUAGUAGCCUAGCCUGCUAGGCACUUAGCAGCUUACUCUUUCUGCAUCGCUGCCUUGCUAGCUCUGUUCAUUUGCAGAUUGUUUAUUGCUGCUGAAUGCUGCUGCUGGCUGAUCGUCAGUCGUCACCGCCGGUGCCUCCGAUCCUGCAGCUCGAUCGCACUGAACUGAACCAUGGGUAAUUCAGACAAGGAAUGCUUCGCCGAGUCCGGCCCCAAGCAUCUUUCUGAUGAAAUCGACUGGGGCAAGGAGGAGCACCGGCGCUGCGCCAUGGCCUGCCUUGUGAAGGGCACCUCCAUCCUGGAGAGCGACCGGGCCGAGGGGAGGCAGGGCACCCCCGACGCGCGCGCGUCGCCGUGGUGGACGAGCUUCCACCUGCGCCUCCGCAAAAGGCUCGUCCUGUGUGACUGCUCUUGCAGGUGCGUUCUCUGCGAACGCUUCGAGGCCAACCAGCCCUUCAUCUACGGCGCCAUCUUCGAGCACGUGCCGCCGCCAGAGGACCCGCGCUGGCGCUGGCGCAGGCGCAGCCAUCGGCCGGCGGCUCCGGCCGCUUCCCCGCCUCCUCGGUUCAUCGUCGCCUUCCGGGGCACCAAGCUAUCGUUGCCCGCGGCGAUCCACGACUUGAGAGACGAUCUCAGCAUCAUCCUCAGCAGGCAGGACGUGUGCGAGCGCUUCCGCAGGGCGCGCGAGGAGGUCGCGGAGCUCCUGGAGAGCAACGGCGGGAGCAGCGGCGGCGUCUGGCUCGCCGGCCACUCGCUCGGCGCGUCGGUGGCGCUCCACGUGGGGCGUCACAUGAUGGUCCACAGGGAGCACAAUCUGCCUACCUUCCUCUUCAACCCGCCGCGCGUGUCGCUGGCGGCCGCGGCGACGGCGUGGCGGCCGGAGUACUGGCGCCUCGUGGAGUCCAUGGCGAAGGGGGCUGCCGCGCUCACGUUCACGAGGUCCCACGACAUGAUGAUGGAGGCCCUGUUCCGGAGGCUGGGGCCAUGGGUGCCGGAGCUGUUCGUGCACAAGGACGACGUGAUCUGCCGAGGCUACAUCGACGACUUGGAGGGGCGGGAGAAGAUGAUGGCGGAGUGCCCCCGAAUCCUGCAGCCGCUAGCCCAGUUAGGGAUGAAACACUCGUCGCGCGACAUGGCCCGGUCCGUACGGCGACGAUGGCGCAGCUUCCGGGGCCACAGCGCUGACGACGACAGCGGGGAGCAGAGAGUACAGCCGCACCUUCUGCCGUCGGCGAGGCUGUGGAAGAACUCAACACAGACCGGCGGCCUUGGUCACGCCCACAAGCUCAAGCACUGGUGGAAGCCGGACGAAGAGCUCAACUUGAGGCACAAACUAUACAAAUAUGAAGCAUAAGCUGCUAUCAUCUCCCGACGAGCUCUUGAAAAUAGAAAAUUUGCACAGUAAAUUUCCUUUUAUUUUGAAAAUGAAAUUUAGUGCUAUAUUGUUGUACUUUUAAUUCAGGCAGUUUUGACCAAAUUUUUUGUGCUAA